AUAUUCUAUCAAUACGCCUAAACUCCUAGAACCUAGAACCGACAUUAUAGUAUUUCAUAUCUUCAAAAAAAAGUAUUUCAUUCAAUUAUUUGUGACAUAAGGUAAAAGAAAAUCAAGAAGGAAUGGGCAAUCCCCUGCAACUCAAAUCAUUGAAUCACAUCUCAUUGGUGUGUAGAUCAUUAGACAAGUCAGUUGAUUUUUACGUCAAUGUUCUUGGCUUCUUUCCUAUUAAGAGGCCUACCUCCUUAGCCUUCAAUGGUGCAUGGUUGUUUAAUUAUGGCAUUGGUAUACACCUUCUCCAAUCAGAUGAUCCAGAAAGUAUGACCAAGAAUGUGCACAUUAAUCCAAAGGACAACCAUAUUUCAUUCCAAUGUGAAAGUAUGGCAGCAGUGGAGAAUAAACUGCAGCAAAUGAAGAUAGAGUAUGUGAAGAACUUAGUAGAGGAAAAUGGAAUCUACGUUGAUCAGUUGUUCUUCCAUGAUCCAGAUGGCACCAUGAUUGAAAUCUGCAAUUGUGACAAUAUUCCAAUUGUACCUUUAUCAGAGAACAGUACAAUUUGGUCAUGCUCGCGCUUCAACUGCAAUAUUCAAAAUCAGCAGCAGCAAAUUCAACAAAUGAUCUCAAUGUAGUGAUAGUGACAUGUAUAUUCUCAAUCACCAUGAGUGUUCUUGUAUAUAAUAAUAUUAUAGCAUAGAAAACUUUGGUAUUGAAUGUUUGUUGUCGCGACGAAAAUUUCUUAUGAAAGUAUAAUCAGUUAAACAAUUUUAUUUCA